AUGCAGAUAUUCGUGAAAACAUUGACCGGGAAGACCAUCACACUUGAGGUUGAGUCCAGUGACACCAUCGAUAAUGUCAAGGCCAAGAUUCAAGACAAGGAAGGCAUUCCACCAGACCAACAGCGUUUGAUUUUUGCCGGAAAGCAACUUGAGGAUGGCCGUACUCUUGCUGAUUACAACAUCCAAAAAGAAUCGACACUUCACCUGGUCUUGAGGCUAAGAGGAGGAAAGGGAGGAUACCCAAAAAUUGACCCAAAUUUGCGCGAACUUGCCCUUAAGCAUACCGAAAAUAAGAAUAUAUGUCGCAAGUGCUAUGCACGUCUUCACCCGAGGGCCGUGAACUGCAGAAAGAAGAAAUGUGGCCACAGUAAUGAAUUUCAUAAAAGCGGUCUCAUUGAAUUAGCGGAUCUCAUCGGAAAGAAAAAAAAAAUCAAGAUACAGAUAUUUGUGAAAACUUUGACAGGGAAAACCAUCACACUUGAGGUUGAAAGCAGUGACACCAUUGACAAUGUCAAGGCCAAGAUUCAAGACAAGGAAGGUAUUCCACCAGACCAGCAGCGUUUGAUCUUUGCCGGAAAGCAGCUUGAAGAUGGUCGUACUCUUGCUGAUUACAACAUCCAGAAAGAAUCAACUCUUCAUUUGGUGUUGAGGCUAAGGGGAGGAAGACCAAACAAAACAAAGAUUGAACCUACUUUGAUCGCUAUGGCUAAGAAGUUUAACCAAUUCAAGAAAGUUUGCCGCAAGUGCUAUGCACGUCUCCCUGCAAGGGCUACAAGCUGCAGGAAGAAGAAGUGUGGCCACAGCAACCAAUUGAGGGCAAAAAAGCCGGCUACAAUGGAGUAAGUGAAGAUGUAUGUUUGUUUUGCUCGUUGGAAUAGGAAUUUAUCUACUUAAUUUUAGAACAUGUGCAUGGUUGUUUAGUUAAUUUUCCAACAAAGUACUCCUGUGGAAGUAAAUUACUGGAUCGUUUGUUUAGUUCAAGAAGCACUAUUGGUCUGAAAUGUGUAUGCUCUUGUUAGAUGGUGCAUUGUGUAUGCUGAUACUCCUCUUCUAUGCUUA